AUGGCUCCCCAACACACUUCCUCUUGCCCUUUGAGGCUACCACGGUCUCUAUAUUGUAUCAUUACACUGUGCUUCCUGUCAUUUUCGGCUGGGGUCAAAGCGCUGGCGUAUCCGCCGCAAGAUGUUUUGAGAGAAUCAUUAUCGACCUUCAAUGAUGGUUCCAGUGCCCUUGACGACUCUUUUGUGGAGACAGUCUUGGGAGAUACUGAACCGGCCCCGGAAGAGUCAAGCCACGAACCAAUUCUCGAAACAUUACGGGAUCUCAUCGAUGCACUGCGUGUUAUGCAAGACAAGUACUUUGUGUUAUGGCAGGGCACGUGGCCUACUAGCAUCGAUUGGACUGCCGCGGUCCUGGGAACACACGUUUCAGCGGCGCUGUCAUCUCUAAGCUCUGGACCGCUUGAUAUCCCUGAGACGGAUGAGCUGCAAGGAUUGUCACACUCCACGCUUGAGAAUACCGUCAGUCGAUACUUCAGCCAUACGUCCGCUUUCUACUUCGGCGAGAAUGCCUUCAGUCUGAGGAACCAGGCUUACGAUGACAUGCUCUGGGUUGUACUGGAAUGGUUGGAAAAUAUUAAGUUCCAAGACCUCCAUUCAGAUUUACACUAUACCUCGUCUAACGCCAGUUCUGGACAGCCAUGGUAUGGCACCCAGUUCCGUGACUCUGCAGCACACAGAGCACGACUAUUCUACGAGCUUGCCUCAGCGGGCUGGGACAAGACGCUUUGUGACGGCGGCAUGAUCUGGAGCCCAUACCUGAUGCCAUACAAGAACGCAAUCACGAACGAGCUGUUCAUCUCCGCAAGCAUCGGGAUGUACCUAUACUUCCCAGGAGACCCCAUCGACUCGCCGUUCCUCGCCGACUCACAAGGCACCCACACAACACGGAAGAACCCACACAGCCCUGCCCAUCUCAAGGCCGCAAUCGACGGAUACAAGUGGCUCAAUAACUCGAACAUGACCGGCCCCGGCCGGCUCUACGCUGAUGGCUUUCAUAUCAGUGGUUACCAAAGCUCACAGAAUCCCGGCUCGGGCAAGUGCGAUGAACUCAACACUAUGGUCUACACCUACAACCAAGGAGUCAUUCUCAGCGGGCUGAGGGGACUCUGGCUAGCCACGAACUCGCAAGAGUAUCUGAUUGAUGGACACGAGCUAGUCCACAAGGUGCUGCAAGCCACCGGCUGGCCAUACAUCUCCAGCCAGCAGUGGAAGGGACUCGGCCGCGGAGGCGUACUAGAAGACGCAUGCGAUUCCGGCGGUUCCUGUUCCCAGGACGGGCAAACCUUCAAAGGAAUCUUCUUCCAUCAUCUGGCAGAGUUCUGUCGGCCUUUGCAGCCACAAGAAGAACGAUUUCUGGCAGACGCCAUGACUGGUAGUCACUCAGCAGAGGACAGCUGGGACGAGAUCUAUCAAUGGCAUUUGGAACGCUGUCGCGCCUAUGGCAGCUGGAUCGAGCACAAUGCGCAGGCCGCUUUGAUGACUCGGGACAGCGAUGGCAAGUUCGGUUCUUGGUGGGGUCGCCCGUAUCGUCAGCUCGAGGCGGAUGAUAUUGUGGGUAGCAGUAUCAUCCCCGUUGAUGCUAUUGACUACCGCAACUUUGGUGACUCUGAGCCCUCAGCUGCGGGCUUCAGGCCGAAGGAUUACAAUGAUCGUGGCCGUGGCCGUACGGUUGAAACACAGUCUGGCGGUAUCGCAGUGUUAAGAGCCUUGUACCAAUGGCAAUCAUGCGGAGCUCUAUGA